GACAUUUUGCUUACCUCUCUCUCUCGCUCUCUCUCUCCUCAAACACACCCUCUUGUCUCUAUGGAGUCGCAACUCAAAAACGCUGUUGCUGAAUCCUUGCCACAGCCACAUGAGUUGGAGAAUUUGAUCAGCUUCGAAGGUAAUGAAGAUAACAACACCGAAGCCAAGGGAUCAACCGAUCCGGCGGACGAGCCUUUGGAUAUCGAAUUAUUGGAGAAGAACUUAAAUUACAAGUUCAAAAACAAGAAUUUGUUGCUGCAAGCGUUCACAGACGUUACUUACGUUGACGAGGAGUGUGAUUCGUACGAACUCCUAGAGCUUUUAGGAGAUUCGGUCCUAGAUACGGCCAUAAGCUUAGAGUUUAUUAAACGCUACCCUAAAGAAUCACCUGGUGCUUUGACUAAGCUCCGAGCGGUCAACGUAGACACGGAGAAAUUGGCUAGGGUCGCUGUCAAACACGAACUCUAUCGCUACUUCCGUCAUAAGAAACCCUUGUUUCUGGAGCAGAUAAUGGAAUUUGUGGAAGCAAAAAAAGAACAUCCAUUACAUUCGCAUGGUCUUUUGAAAGUACCUAAAUCUCUAGCAAACAUAGUAGAGUCUACCAUUGGAGCUCUCUUCAUGGACUGCGAGUGCAUCAAAACCGUCUGGAAGGUGAUAAAACCAUUUAUGGAGCCAAUAAUACUUUUAGAAAAUUUCAAGAACCAUCCAAUGACAGAACUCAAUGAGAUGUGCCAGAAGAGGAACUUGAAACUGACGGCCAAAGACACCUGGAAAGACAAUGGAAAAUAUUGUUUCCUUAUUGAGGAUAAGUUGGUUGGAUGCGGACUAUAUUUAGAAAAAAAAGAAACUGCUCGUAAUCUCGCUGCACAAAAUGCUGUCGAGAAUUUCUCAAGAUUUAUCAGAGAUCUUUAAAAAUUUCUCGAUAGGAUAUAGUCAGGAUGUGUAUCAAAAAUUUAAUUUCUACAGGUGACAUUGUAUUGUCUUUA